AUAUCGUCGCUUAGAAGCUUCCGUGCUAUCCUUGUCUCUCAGAUCUCUCUCUCUCUCUCUCUUACAUUCUCUCUCCAUGUAACGCAGUUAUUGAAAUUCGCUCUAUUGCACUAAAAGCCGUUGGAUUCUCUCCAUUUUACACCUCCCCCGCAUUCCAUGAUCUGCCCCUGAGCUCUCUGUAAGAAGGAAUGUUCAUUUUCCCGGAAAAAUCAUAAUCCCUAUUAUGUAUUUUCCCGGAAACUUUCAUUUUCCCUCGGAUUCCCCCUGCAGCUGCGCUUAACUCACCAAUCUGAUGGUUUUUUGAGCUUCUCUGGAGCUGACUUCUUGGAUGUAAUUUCGUGUUUUGUUUACUUAACGCAAUGAUCAGAAUUCAGAUCUUAAUAGGUUUUCUCUAUAUAUUUCAGUCCUAAAUUAUCAAUCGUUUUGUUGUUGUUUCUUAAGUUAUCUAAAUUCCCAAAGGUUUGCUUGAGAUUCUAGGGUUUUAUCUGUUGUUCUUAAUAGUUAAUAGUCUCUUAUUCGGAGCUUGACGGACGAUAGAUUUUCCCUAUUUUGUUUUCUGAUGUUUUAAAGUCAAGGUCUCUUGAAAUUUCAUAAUCUUCAAGGUCUCUGUUUUUUGUUUGUCAGUAGAAUUUGUGAACUCGCUUCGUGUUCCGAGGGAAAUCCGAUUUCGAGUUUUUUAAGAAUAGGGUUUUUGUUUGUUCAGGAAGAAAUUACCGUUUCUAGGAUAUAUUAUUAGGGUUUAGCAUUUCAUCUGAAUGGAUAAGGACAAGUCCCCUGGUCAUGGUGGCGGUUUACCGCCCCCUUCGGGUCGAUAUUCGGGGUUUUCGCCUGGUGGUAGUGGUUUCAAUGUGAAAUCUGAGCCAUCCAGCUCGUCGUUUCCUCCUUUGGCCCCCGGUGGUAGCUCAGACGUGGGUCAUUUUGGGCAUGGAUUGUCUGCUGAUUCCGGUCGGUUUAGCCAUGAUAUUAGCAGAAUGCCGGAUAACCCGCCGAGGAAAUUGGGUCACAGACGAGCACAUUCUGAAAUCCUAACCCUUCCUGAUGAUAUCAGCUUUGAUAGUGAUCUCGGUGUAGUGGGUGGUGCGGAUGGUCCUUCGUUUUCUGAUGAGACCGAGGAAGACUUUUUUUCUAUGUACCUUGAUAUGGAUAAGUUCAAUUCUUCCUCUGCUACAUCGGCCUUCCAAGUGGGUGAGUCGUCUUCUUCUGCAGCAACUGCAGCUAUGAUCGCAGCACCAGCUUUGGGUGCAGCAACUUCCUCUGCAGAGGUUGCAGGCAGUGGUUCUAAUGAGAGGCCUAGAGUUAGGCACCAACAUAGCCAGUCCAUGGACGGAUCGACAACCAUCAAACCGGAAAUGCUUGUUUCAGGUUCAGAGGAGAUUUCUUCAGCAGAUUCCAAGAAAGCCAUGUCGGCUGCUAAGCUUGCCGAGCUUGCUCUAAUUGAUCCCAAGCGUGCAAAAAGGAUUUGGGCAAAUAGGCAGUCUGCUGCUAGGUCAAAGGAAAGGAAGAUGCGGUACAUUGCUGAGCUUGAAAGAAAAGUUCAGACCCUGCAAACAGAAGCAACUUCGUUGUCUGCUCAGUUGACUCUCUUGCAGAGAGAUACAAAUGGUCUGACAGCAGAGAAUAGUGAAUUGAAGUUGCGCUUGCAAACGAUGGAGCAACAAGUUCACUUGCAAGAUGCAUUGAAUGAUGCACUGAAAGAGGAAAUUCAGCAUUUGAAAGUAAUGACUGGGCCGGGGCUCCCGAAUGGGGGACCUAUGAUGAAUUUUUCCUCUUUUGGAGCUGGUCAGCAGUAUUAUCCGAACAAUCAUGCCAUGCAUACUCUUUUAACUGCUCAGCAGCAGUUUCAACAGCUCCAGAUUCAUUCUCAGAAGCAGCAGCAGCAACUGCAUCAAUUUCAGCAGCAUCAACUGCAUCAACUUCAGCAGCAACAGAUGCAACAGGAACAGCAGCAGCCGCAGCAAAGCGGGGACCUGAAAAUCAGAGGAACCAUGCCUUCUCCGAGUCAUAAAGAAACCGCAUCAGACAUCAACUCACCAGAAACUUUGUGAUCUUGCCAGUCAUAGUUCAAAUUAGUAGUUCUAUCACCAUUUAGGAACACAUCGUUUUCGUUUCCCCGUUUUGAUCGUUUAGCAGGUACGUCAAUAUAAACUACAUUAUUUGUAGGUUGCUCCACACAUUCUCGGAGCUCAGGAUUGAAUUGUUUUGUUACACAUGUUUUAUUUGGCAUAGUUGUAGCUAGCACCUUCUGGUCGGUAGUUCUGUUAACAUUUAGAUGUUGCGGAUUUGUUUUAAGCUGUUACUUUGCUCUUUCAUUCUCGCACUCUGCACUCAUGUAUGGAAAAAUGUCGGUUCACAUGUCCGAGUCUCCUUUCCAUGGAGGUUGUGAUUUAGUUAAUUUUAAGAGACAAGCUGUGACGAGGAAA